AACACGCUGUAAGCAGCUCAAAAACAAAAUUCGAAUCCAUCUCUUAUCGCCAUUUUAGGGUUUUUUAAGGGUUUUGGUUCGUUAAUUUUAAUUUUCACUGAAAAUAUACCCAGAAAAUGGCGUCUCUCAUGGCGAUACGGAGCACACGCAGCCAGAGGCUUUCUCAGUUUAAGGUACGCCAUCAGUCUUUUAACUCCCCUUGUCUAAACGAUCUUCUGAAUAUCGUCGACAAAACCCUAACUCUAAAAAUAGCAAAACCUUUAAGUACGUCUGCUGCCCCAAAUGAGUACUCAUCACCACAUUCACAAUCACCAUUGCCUGAUUCUAGGAUUUUUCACGACCAUAGGAAUGGUGAUAAUAGUCAUUGGGCCACGCAUCAAGGCCAAAAUCAGCGGAAUUUUAGUAAUAAUCAGUUCAAUUAUCCAAACAGGGGAUACCCUAAUCAGGGACAGAGAUAUCCUAAUCAAGGACAUGGAUAUCCUCAACAGCCUCAGCAACAUGAUGCUAAUCAGAAUCCGUAUCAAGACCCUAAUAAUCAGAAUUAUCAGCAAACCAGACCCACAGAUCAGUGGAACAGACAAAGCUCUAGUCACGUGAAUAUUCAUAACCAGAAUUAUCAGCAACCCAGAAGCCCUAAUGAGUGGAACAAUCAACAAAAUCAGGGUUACCCACAAGCUAGAAGCCCUAACCAGUGGGUCCCACAAGGUCAACAGAGUAACUCGAAUCAGGCUCAUGUUAGCAGUCUAGUGCCAUCACCGGCUCCAGCUCCUUCGAUUGUUGAUUUGGCACAGUUGUGUCAGGAAGGUAAGGUUAAAGAUGCUAUUGAGUUGAUGGAUAAAGGUGUUAAAGCUGAUGCUAGUUGUUUUUAUGCUUUGUUUGAGUUGUGUGGAAAUGCAAAGUCAUUUGAGAACGGGAAAAAGGUUCAUGAUUACUUCUUACAAUCGACAUGGAGGGGAGAUUUGGCCUUGAAUAAUAAGGUGAUUGGAAUGUAUGGAAAGUGUGCGAGUAUGAUCGAUGCCCGGAGGGUGUUUGAUCACAUGCCAGAUAGGAAUAUGGAUUCGUGGCAUCUGAUGAUAAAUGGGUAUGCAGAUAAUGGCUUGGGAGAUGAGGGUUUGCAGUUGUUCGAGCAGAUGAGGAAGCUAGGGUUGAAACCAAAUGAACAAACAUUUCUUGCUGUUUUCUCAGCUUGUGGUAGUGCGGAUGCUAUUGAAGAAGGUUUUAUACAUUUCGAGUCUAUGAAGAAUGAGUUUGGGAUAAAUCCUGGGAUUGAACAUUACAUAGGGCUGAUUGGGGUUCUUGGAAAAUCUGGGCAUCUUUACGAAGCUCAACAAUUCAUCGAGGAGAAACUGCCUUUUGAACCCACAGCAGAGAUUUGGGAUGCUUUGAGAAAUUAUGCUCGAAUUCAUGGAGAUAUCGAUUUAGAAGACCAGGCGGAGGAGUUAAUGGUUUAUCUUGAUCCAUCCAAGGCAAUCACUAAUAAGAUCCCUACCCCUCCACCUAAGAAGUAUACUUCAAUUAGCAUGCUUGAUGGGCAGAAUAGAAUUCUGGAGUUCCGAAACCCAACUCUUUACAAGGAUGAUGAAAAAUUGAAGGCAUUGAAGCAAAUGAAGGAAGCAAGUUAUGUACCUGAUACAAGAUAUGUACUUCAUGACAUCGAUCAGGAGGCUAAAGAGCAGGCUUUGCUCUACCAUAGUGAACGAUUGGCAAUAGCAUAUGGUCUUAUCAGUACUCCGGCCAGGACACCUCUUAGGAUCAUUAAGAAUCUUCGUGUUUGUGGUGACUGUCAUAAUGCCAUCAAGAUCAUGUCCAAGAUAGUUGGGAGGGAAUUGAUUGUUAGGGACAAUAAACGUUUCCACCAUUUCAAAGAUGGCAAGUGCUCUUGCGGGGAUUACUGGUGAAAGUUGCUACUUCAACAAUACAUAUCAAGUCUGUUAAACUGAUAUUUGAAGUUUAAUAUAUAAAGUAUUCAGUUUGCCAAGCUAUAGGAAUUACUGAGGAAGGAAGGUUGCUAGUUGCUGGAAAUGAACUAUUCACUGCCAUAUAAUAUACUUUCUGUUUGGUCUGUUGCUGAAUUGAUUAUGAUUUAUGAAAAUUCCAGUAACAAUUCACAUGUCCGUCAACUACCAUCUAUGCUGUAUAUGUUUACCAUUAUUUUUGGAGGGUUGGAAGUCAUGAAUGGAACUUUUAGGAUCAUAGUUCGUUUCCUAA